AUGUCAACUAGUAAGAAGAGACCAGGUACAAAUGAGCACAUCCUAAAAAAAAUUGUAUGUUACAAAGAAGGACAAACAGAUAAAAAUUAUCAAAAAAAGUUGAAGCAUGCUAUUCAACGGAGUGGUGAAAGAAAUAGGGGAAUUGGUCAUGUGGGUUGCAAGGCUAAAUUAAUUGUGGUUAGGAAUAAAUCAUCUCCUUCUGGGAUUGUUAGUAGUUUCUUGGAGACACAUAAUCAUGCAUCCACGACUCCAUCUAGAGUACAUUUAUUGAGGUCGCAUCGGCACAUUUCAAAUGUGAAGAAGGCUUUGAGAAGGAAAAAGAUUCAGUUUUUUUACUUUGAUUUUGAUAAAGACAGUGAUGACAAAUUUGUUAGGUGUUUUUGGGCUGAUUCUUUCUCAAGGAGGGUAUAUAACUUUUUUGGUGAUGUAGUUGUUUUCAAUACUACGUACAACACAAAUAGAUAUGGGAUGAUUUUUGCUCCAUUCACUAGAGUUAAUCAUCACGGUCAGACAAUAAUAUUUGGUUGUGGAUUUUUAAGUGAUGAGACAAUUGAUUCGUGCGUUUGGUUACUUGGUCAAUGGAUGAAUGCCAUGCCUAGGGGAGCACUACAAAUGAUCAUCACAGACCAAGAUUCUGCAUUGACAAGAGCAAUUGCACAAGUUAUUCCGAAUACAUUUCAUCGUUAUUGCAUAUGGCAUAUCCUGAACAAAUUUUCUGAAAAGCUUAACACAGUAAUUUAUCGAGACAACUACCAUUUGAUGAAAAACAUUAUUAUGAACUCAGAGGAUAGUGAAGAGUUUGAAACUAGUUGGAUGAAUAUGUUGCAAUCAACUAAAUUGGGAGAUAAUGAUUGGCUUCAGCAAACAUAUGAGAUGCGUAGUAGAUGGGUCCCUGCAUUUGUUAAACAUAUCUCUGCAGCGGGAAUGUCGAGUAGUCGAAGAGCAGAAAGUUCUCAUUCAUUUCUCAAAAGGGAUGAAAUCCUUAUGGCCAAUGGAAGUUCAAAUGUCAAAGAUUUAUACAAGAAAGGAAUUCCAUGUAGGCAUCUGCUGGCAUAUUUCAGGAUCAAACAAAUUUUAAAAUUGCCAACUCAAUAUAUUCUUCAAAGGUGGACCAAACAUACGAAAGUUGGCCAAGUAUGGGAGAAGGAUCAUGAAGAAUUGAAUGACAUUCCUAACCAAUCAUUGAUGUCACGGCAUUCAAAUUUGUCUCAAUUAUUGUCGGUUGUUAUUGACAAUGCAUCUCUUAUUGAGGAGGGAACUAAUCUCUUGAGGAAUGGGUUCAAGGAUGUUCAUAAUAAAAUAAAGGAGAUUAAUAUUGAUAAUGGUGUGGAGCGGGUAUUCAUGGGACAAAAAAUCAUCGAGAAGCAGAUACUCAUCAAUGAACCGCUACAGGUGAGAGCCAAGGGGUGUGGAAAAAGAUUAAAAAAAUCAAAAGAGAAAAAAGUGAACAAAGAGAGGGUUUGUCAUGGAUGUGGACUACGUGGUCAAUCGCAUGAUAAGCGAAAUUGUCCGACAUUACUUGAAAGAUAA